AUGACUGCUUGUGAUCGCUGUCACAGUCGAAAAACGCGCUGUGAUCAACAGCAGCCCGAGUGCGGCUCCUGCUUGAGGAGUGGCGUGCGCUGUACAUACCCAGAGAAGCUGCACUACCGCCAUGCAAGACGUCUUGAACUGGAAUCCCUGCAGCAACGUGUCUUGUCACUUCAGCGUGAGAAUGAAGUCUUGAGAAGCAAUCGCUCUGGUAGUCCCGGGACGACUUCAGCAAAUCUCGACGAUAGUGCUCACUCAAAUGGAGUGAGACAGUCGGAUCAUGCUAGAUCCCAAUCAACUCAGCACCGCGACAACAACACCAACAACAACCCUGUGGCGGUCCCAGCCAGCAGCCCACCAUCAGAUGAUCUGUCAUGGACACCGCUGGCUUCUGAAGCAUCUAGAAAGCCAGCAUCUCACGGCAAAUACCUGGGAUCCAGCGCCGGAGCGAACUUUAUCGACCUCGUCGAAAGCGUUUUUGACGAUGCACCGGUUCCAGCAGGAGAAACAUCCGCCGGGGUCUCACAAGCCUAUUCCAGAUCGCGGCUGGCCAACGACACCGUUUCUCUGUCCGCGUCAAUGCCGGAUAGACGGACGGCAUCACGAUUGGUGGCUAGCUAUUUCGAUCACUGGCACGUCACGUUUCCGCUGUUGUACCGGCCAAGUUUCACGCUCCUCGUCGAGCGGAUAUACCGCAGUCCAAAUGAGUACUUGGAAGACCGCAGCAGUGCCUUUGUCUUCAAUAUGGUCCUGGCCCUCGGAUCAGCGGCGGCCAAGCGCUUUGAGUGGUCCUACAAGGACACCGAGUCCUAUUCCAGGCAAGCCAUGGUCAACUUCUAUGAUAUCCUCAGGUACCGCGAUCUUCGAUCCCUCCAAGCGCUGCUGCUGUGUUGCCAGUAUGGCAUCCAUGCAAGUUUGCGUGACACUGCAGAUGAGAUGUGGGAUCUCCUCGGGAAAGCGGAGCGAAUUUGCGUCGAAAUCGGCCUUCACCAGUCAGUCCAGUCAGCACGCAGUUCCCGAAGCGAUUAUCAUCUGACUGGCUUGGUUCCCAUGGCUGUGCGAGCGGAGAUGCAGAAACGAUGUUUCUGGUGUUUUUACAGUCUAGACCGCAUCGUCAGUGUCACACUCGGUCGCACUCUGACCUUGUCAGACGACGAUAUCGACACGCCCCUGCCUUCGCCCUUGGAUGACGAUGAGUUGGAGAACCAGUCUACAAGCACCGACACCUCCGCCGUGGAUGCAAAUGAGCGGAUCUCACCUUUCCUUCGCUUGAUCUACGUUCGCCGGCUUCUGGCCAAAAGCCAUCGGCUCUUGCACACCAACGUGGCCAUGAGAUCCCUUCAAGCUCCCGAAAAGAGAGCGAUUCGCCAGAAUCUCCUGUGCGAACUUCAAGACUGGAGGCAGAGGACGGCAAACGCGAUGCCCUGUUCAAACGACGAGUCCUCUCUGGCCAUCUCGGCAUUCCAUUGCGCGAGCUGGUGGGAAGCCGUCUACCAUAAUGCAGUGUUGGUGCUGUUUCGACCUCCGGCCACCACGACUCUGAUGGGAAAUGCCGCCGAUAGCCAGCCCAUGGUCCAGGACAGCGAAGACGUUCUCAAAAUCAUGUGGGAAACCUCGCGCAAGCUCAUCUCGAACUACCGAGAGGUGCUACAAGCUCGACGCCUGAAUUAUUCGUGGAUAUGUCUGUACACCAUCUUCAUGGCCGGCCUUACGAAUGUGUACAGUGUCGGCCAGUGGGCUCGUCGGCGCAAGCUUGACCCGGAAUCCUUCUUGCCGCCCUGCUCGGACGUCAUGACCGACAUCAAGAACUGCUCGAACAUCCUGACCGCCAUCUGCGAGCGAUGGGACGACGCGCGCCAGUCGUGCGAGAUUUUCAGCCGUCUGAGCGAUAGUGCUUUCAAGGAGUUGCUCAGGGCUCAUCUUGCUAGUGCCGCGUGCGCUGCUCAGUCGGUGCAACAGCAGCAGCAACAGCAGCAGUCGGCGAAUGCUGCGGCGUCGGCCCACCACCACCACCACGGCGGAGGUGGUGCUGGCGCUACUGGGAUGAUGGCAGGUGGUGGUGGUGGCAGUGGCAGCAGCGUGAUAACGCACACGGAAUUGCAUUCUGUCAAUAAUUCGCUGCCUGCGCUUCACCAGGACGCGAGGAUGGAUGAUCUGGGAUAUGGCUUUCAGGAUCGGAACGGGAACGGCAAUGCGCAGUCGAAUUCCAUGUUUGAUGACCUGGAUGGCUUCCAACAUACGUUUCAAGACAUGCAGAAUGCUUUGUAUGGAGGUGUAUAUGACGGAUCGAGCGAGAUCAUGACCGGACUGGCCCGGAACUGGUUCGAUCUUGAAUGAACUCCUGCAUGUUGAUGGCUUGG